GGAGCCAGUCUAGGGCCUAGGCGCAGACGCACUGAGCCCAAGCAGCCGGUGAUGGCGGCAGCAGCGGCGGUGGCUGCGGCGGGUCCGGGCCCAUGAGGCGACGACGGAGGCGGGACGGCUUUUAUCCAGCGCCGGACUUCCGAGACAGGGAAGCUGAGGACAUGGCAGGAGUAUUUGACAUAGACCUGGACCAGCCAGAGGACGCGGGCUCUGAGGAUGAGCUGGAGGAGGGGGGUCAGUUAAAUGAAAGCAUGGACCAUGGGGGAGUUGGACCAUAUGAACUUGGCAUGGAACAUUGUGAGAAAUUUGAAAUUUCGGAAACUAGUGUGAACAGAGGGCCAGAAAAAAUCAGACCAGAAUGUUUUGAGCUACUUCGGGUACUUGGUAAAGGGGGCUAUGGAAAGGUUUUUCAAGUACGAAAAGUAACAGGAGCAAAUACUGGGAAGAUAUUUGCCAUGAAGGUGCUUAAAAAGGCAAUGAUAGUAAGAAAUGCUAAAGAUACAGCUCAUACAAAAGCAGAACGGAAUAUUCUGGAGGAAGUAAAGCAUCCCUUCAUUGUGGAUUUAAUUUAUGCCUUUCAGACCGGUGGAAAACUCUACCUCAUCCUUGAGUAUCUCAGCGGAGGAGAAUUAUUUAUGCAGUUAGAAAGAGAGGGAAUAUUUAUGGAAGACACAGCCUGCUUUUAUUUGGCAGAAAUCUCCAUGGCUUUGGGGCAUUUACAUCAAAAGGGGAUCAUCUACAGAGACCUGAAGCCGGAGAAUAUCAUGCUUAAUCACCAAGGUCAUGUGAAACUAACAGACUUUGGACUAUGCAAAGAAUCUAUUCACGAUGGAACAGUCACACACACAUUUUGUGGAACAAUAGAAUACAUGGCCCCUGAAAUCUUGAUGAGAAGUGGCCACAAUCGUGCUGUGGAUUGGUGGAGUUUGGGAGCAUUAAUGUAUGACAUGCUGACUGGAGCAGUAGGUGCACAGUUAAAAGCUGCAUGUAUUAUGCCCCCAUUCACUGGGGAGAACAGAAAGAAAACAAUUGACAAGAUCCUCAAAUGUAAACUCAAUUUGCCUCCCUACCUCACACAAGAAGCCAGAGAUCUGCUUAAAAAGCUGCUGAAAAGAAAUGCUGCUUCUCGACUUGGAGCUGGUCCUGGGGAUGCUGGAGAAGUUCAAGCUCAUCCAUUCUUCAGGCAUAUUAACUGGGAAGAAUUGCUGGCUCGGAAGGUGGAGCCCCCCUUUAAACCUCUGUUGCAAUCCGAAGAGGAUGUGAGUCAGUUUGAUUCAAAGUUUACACGUCAGACACCUGUUGACAGCCCAGAUGACUCAACUCUCAGUGAAAGUGCCAAUCAGGUCUUUCUGGGUUUUACAUAUGUGGCUCCAUCUGUACUUGAAAGUGUGAAAGAAAAAUUUUCCUUUGAACCAAAAAUCCGAUCACCUCGAAGAUUUAUUGGCAGCCCACGAACACCUGUCAGCCCGGUCAAAUUUUCUCCUGGGGAUUUCUGGGGAAGAGGUGCUUCAGCCAGCACGGCAAAUCCUCAGACGCCUGUGGAAUAUCCAAUGGAAACAAGUGGAGUAGAGCAGAUGGAUGUGACGAUGAGUGGGGAAGCUUCAGCACCACUUCCAAUACGACAGCCGAACUCCGGGCCAUACAAAAAACAGGCUUUUCCCAUGAUCUCAAAACGACCAGAGCACCUACGUAUGAAUCUAUGACAGAGCAACGAUUUUAAUGAAUUUAAGGCAAAAAAGGUGGGGAAAGGAUGUGUGAGCAUCCUGUAAGUUGAAACAGGAAGACUCAAAAUGACAGUCUCGAAGAGUUAGUGUCAUUACAUUGAACACUUUGGACAGAGGAAGAAUAAACAUGGAUUUUAAAAAAUCAAUCAAUGGUGCAAAAAAAAAAAAAAACUUAAGCAAAAUAGUAUUGUGGAACUCUUAGGCACAUCAAUUAAUUGAUUCCUAGCGACAUCUUCUCAACCUUAUCAAGGAUUUUGAUAUUGAUGGCUCGAACUGACAGUAUUAAGGGUAGGAUGUUGCUUCUGAAUCACUGUUGAGUUCUGAUUGUGUCGAAGAAGGGUUAUCCUUUCAUUAGGCAAAGUAUGAAAUUGCCUGUAAUACUUGCAACUAAGGACAAAUUAGCAUGCAAGCUUGUUCAAACUUUUUCCAGCAACAUGGAAUCAAAGACAAAAGAAACUUAACAAUUGAUGUUUUACGUGCAAACAACCUGAAUCUUUUUUUUAUAUAAAUAUAUAUUUUUCAAAUAGAUUUUUGAUUCAGCUCAUUAUGGAAAACAUCCCAACUUUAAAAUGCAAAAUUAUUGGUUGGUGUGAAGAAAGCCAGACAACUUCUGUUUCUUCUCUUGGUGAAAUAAUAAAAAUGCAAAUGAAUCAUUGUUAACCACAGCUGUGGCUCGUUUGAGGGAUUGGGGUGGACUUGGGGUUUAUUUUCAGUAACCCAGCUGCAAUACCUGUCUGUAAUACUAGAAAAAAAUUAUUUAAUCAUUUCUACUUGCAGUACUGCUAUGUGCUAAGCUUAACUGGAAGCUUUGGAAUGGGCAUAAAUUGUAUGUCCUACAUUUCAUCCUUGUCCUGGGCCUGCAUUGCACUGGAAAAAUGUCACCACCUGUUCUUAUACCAGUAUUUGGUUCAAGACGCCAAAUGUUUUCAGCCCAUGGCUGAAGAAGGAUGGAAAAGAGUCAGGAUAAAAUGCAUACUGAGGGCAGUAAAGUGAGGGAGAGAGGGAGAUCCAGGGAAAGAGGGUGUUGUCAUGUUCCACUCUCUGUGUCUAAUCUCUUUACAGCAAAUUGGUAAGAUUUUAAGUUUUACUUUUAACUGUUUUUGCUGUCUACCUUCCUUAGGUUUUUUUUCCUCAACAGUUUUAAAAGGAAAAAAGUAUUUUUCUUUCUCCUAUACUGGGGCUACAUAUUUUGAUUGUAAAAAUAUUUGAUGGCCUUUUGAUGAAUGUCUUCCACAGUGAAUAAGAAAACUUAGUGGCUUAAUUUAGGAAACAUGUUAACGAGACACUAUGUUUUUGAAAUUGUAACAAAAUCUACAUAAGUGAUAUACAGGUACAAAGAAUAAAAAUAAAGGUAGCUUUACCUUUCUUAAAUACUUCCUGCCUUAAAGAGAGCAUUUCCAUGACUUUAGCUGGUGAAAGGGUUUAAUAUCUGCAGAGCUUUAUAAAAAUAUAUUUCAGCGCAUACUGGUAUAAUAGAUGAUCAUGCAGUUGCAGUUGAGUCUUAACGUCUCUUUUUGUUUUUUAUAAUGUCUUCAGUCUGAGUGUGCAAAGUCAAUUUGUAAUAUUUUGCAACCCUACAGUUUUUUUAAAUAGAUGCUGCUUGCUAUGUUCUUCAAACCUUUUUGAGCCAUAGGAUCCAAGCCAUAAGAUUCUUUAUGCAUGUUGAAUUCAGUCAGAAAAGAGCAAAGCUUUGCUUAUUUAAAUGGCAAUUCAAGUGAGAUGAGAUGAAAUCCUAUGACACUAGGCAGAAUAGAACCAUGAAGGAGGAUUGGAAAUACACCUUUUCAAUUGUGGCAAUAAAUGAAAGAAUUGGUUACAGUUCAUCUUUGAACAGACAGCCUUUUUUUUUUUUUUUUUUUUAAAUCACUUCCUCUAGACCCCCUCCUCCCUUUAUGCAGCAGCCUACUGAUAACUUUAUAACUGUAGCUAGUAAAUUAGAAGCUACAGUAAUGAUAAGGGCAGAAAUUGCACUUCGAGUACAGAUCUUUGUUCUCUGACAGUUUAUACUGUCUGAAAAAACAGAACCCAAAAGCUCUGGUGAUAGGUGCAGGCUUUAUUUCAGACUGCAAAUGGCUUGUGCUACUCUGAUACUUGUUUUCAAAUGUGUUUACUAACUGUAGUGUUGACUGCCUAACCAAAUUCCAGAGAAGUUUUUACACCAAAAUAGUCCUCCUCGGCCCUAUUUGCUAGUAAGUAAUAUUUGCACUGUGAUUGGCUGGCUCUAACCACCCCAUAAACUGUUUUCAUAAUUAGUAUUGCCAGCAGUAGUGGCGCACACUGCAACUUUCCUGCAUAAAAAGCAUAAAUUGCAUACCUACCAUCCAUACAAAUAGUUUUUCUAACUUAUCAUUUAGUGAAAUUAAUUUCCUAUGCUGUGGCAAGUUUACAGAGAAAUUGUGUUUCAUAAAUGGAUAUCCCUACUAUGACUGUGAAAACAUGUCAAGUGCCACUUUAGUGUCACAGACAGAAAGCACACACCUAUGCAAUAUGGCUUACCCUAUAUUUAUUUGUAAAAAUCCAAGCAUAGUUUAAAAUAUAUGAUGUCAAUAUUACUAGUCUUAAAUUUCUAAGAGGGUUCUUUAUGAUUAUUCCAGGUAAGUGUAUAAAAGAGAUUAAGUGCUUUUCUUUCAUCACUUGAUUAUUUUCUUUAAAAUCAGCUAUUACAGGAUAUUUUUUUACUUUAUACAUGUUUUUUAAUUAAAAUAUAAUCACUGAGAACUGAAGUUUACUAAUUUUGAUUUUAUAAGGUUUGUAGCAUUACAGAAUAAACUGGGAUUUAUAAACCAGCUGUGAUUAACAAUGUAAAGAAUUACUGAACUUGAACCAGAUUUUUAGGAAAAUUGUUACUUCUUUUUCCCCUUUAUGGUCUCACCUAAUUUGAAUCCUUCGAGACGAAUUUUUCCGUACUAUUUUUUGAGAUAGAAGAUAAUUGGGGGGUGGGGGGUAAGAAUGCAUGUAUGAUACUCCAUAAAUUCAACAUUGUUUAACAAAUGGUUAUAAACAAGAUGCAUCUUCGAUAGUAAUAUAUACUGAGCCUUGGAUUGUGUGUUUAAUACAGGAUCUAACUAUUUUGGUUACUCAGUCAUAAUGGUUCCUAGCUUACAAGUGUUAGAUCUUAAAAUUAUUCCCAUGAGAAAUGUUGAAUUUAUGAAGAAUGGAUUUUUGAGGCUUUGAAAAUGGUUAUUUCUCAAAUAAAAAUAUCAGUGUCCAAACAUCUACCCUUUUUCAUAGGAGUAGACCCAGCAAGCUGGACAAAACAAUCAUAAAAGUAUAUGUUACACCAUGACCUGUGGUCUGUUGCUGAUCGAUAAAAAACUUUUCUUGUGUGAUUCUUAAUUUAUCACUACAGCACAAGUAUUAUCUCAGUGGAUUAUCCGAAGUAACAUCUGAACGAUGGGUUCAUCUGUGUUUGCUCUUUAAGCAAUUUUUUUUUCCUAUCCCAAGUUGGCUUUGCAUCUAUCAGAGUAAAUAACUUCUUCAGCUGCCUUAGUAGGAGUGCUAUGAGGGUAACACAUUUUUCUGCUUUUCAUCUUGUAUUUAGUUUCCUGUAUUAAGUAUUUUGAUUUCGGAUUGAAUGAAUGUAAAUAGAAAUUAAAUGCAAAUUUGAAUGAACA